GCAGGGAAGUGCUCCUGAUUUACCACAGCUUGGGGAAAGCGGCUCAGCCUGGCUGGAGAGGGAACAGCCGUGUCCCCAGGAAGGAUGGGAAUGGUGCUGCGAGCAGCUGUGCUCCUGAGUUCCCUUCUCCACUGCAGCGCUUUUCUGGAACUGAGUGGCCCCAGUGAAAUCAAAGGUGUCUGGAAGGACUCUAUCACUCUGCCUUGUAUCUAUGUACCUGUGGAGGACCUUGUGCAGCAAACCCUCACCUGGACUGUGGUACAUGACAAGGGUUCAGGCACCAUCUUUCGGAGGGAUAGCUCUGGUGACCAUGUCCUCCUGUCUGAGUACAGGGACAGAGUCAGCAUCUCAAAGGAUGCCCCAGGAAAUGUGUCUCUCCUCAUCAUGAGCCUGGAGAUCUCUGACAGAGGAACCUACACUUGCCAGGUCACCUGGAGAGACAGCAACAACAGUCUGAUAGCAAAGGAGAUUGCCACCAAUUUGGAGGUUGUUAAAGUGGCAGCCACCAAGCCCAUCAUCAGAGCUGGAGAGCCGGGGCUGACGCUGCCGGCCGGAGCCAGCACCAGCCUGACCUGCGAGGCCAGCGGGUCCCCUCCCAUCAGCUACCGCUGGUUCCGGAGCGACCCGGCGGGCACAGCCGAGCUCCUGAGCAGCGGCGCUGAGCUGGCCUGGCCCAGCCUGCGGCCCUCGGACAGCGGCACGUACUUCUGCGAGGCCGAGAACAGGGCUGGGGCCGGCGCCGUGCAGCGCAGCGAUGCUGUGCAGCUCACGGUGACAGAUCUGCCCACAACAACAGCAGUCUUGCAGAGGAGUGUGGGAACCACGGGGGGACACCACUCAACCACAGAAAAAACUCAAACAGAGGUGGUGUCCAGAGGUACCUCAGCAAUCUCCCGGACUCCAUGGGGCCCCACCACUGCUGCAGAUCUGCCCAUAACAGCAACCACUUCACAUAGUGGUGUGGGAUAUCCAGGGAAGAAUGAAACUAUUCGUGAUUUCCAGAGGACUGGCUUGUCCCUGUACUUGGUCAUCCUGAUUGCUGUGGUGUGUGGUGCUGUGGUUUUCCUUGUCAUCUCUCUCAUCCUUUGCAUUAGAAAGCCCAAAGACGCUCAAGCCUAUGAUGUAAAAUUCCAUAACUCGAGAGCAGCAGCUCCUUCAAGCACAGUUCUCUAUGAGGAACCCAUCCCUUCCACUGAGAACAACUAUGUGAUGGAGCUUGGGGAAAACAAAGUCUCUGAAGAAGUAAAUAAGAACGUGUCUGACUGUGUUGCAAACCCCCAGGAAUCUGUGUAUGAAGUAGGGGAUGCUUCCUGAGAACCAACAACGAUCUGCAGAUACCAGUCUUGAGGAGCACCUUCACCCACACAAAAUAUGUAUUUCUCUCCACUUUGGCCCCUCACAAGUAGGUUGGACAAGCAGUGGUUGCUCUUCCUUCACAAUCCCUGCAGUGAAAACGCAUAUCUUGCCAGGAACUUCAGUUACAGACUGCUGUAUAGAACCUCUGAUUCUGUUUUCCUUGAUUCCCUCUCACCACCUCUAUCCAAGAAAGCUCUUUGAGAGCUGCAGCACGCAGGUGCCAGGCUAGGAGCACUGAACUGAACUUACUGCUUUGUCUGGCCAGGACUCAGCCUUUGUGUGGUGCCAGGAGAGCCAGCACUGAGGGCUGCUCAGCAUCCCCAUCCCUGUGCUCACCCAGGGCAGGAUGUGGUGGCUUGGGAAUUGAUGAUUCUUCUCCUGCCCACCUGAUGCUGUACAGAUUUAACAUGAGAGACCUUCUAGAAACACUGAAAGGCAGAUUAAAGCCAAGAGAAUCUCAGGAACCUGCCACAGCAGGAGAAGCAGUGCAGGAAGCAGGAAUGUCCUGUGCAGUCUGUGUGCUGCCCUUGGUCCCCCUCCACAGCACUGCAGUGAGGUCUGGACACACUGGCCACAGCUCUGGGUGCUUCUGAUACUGCAACCAGGCACAUCCUUUCCGAGCUCACACUCUCUGUUCUCUCUUUAAAUGCAUGAUGGGUAUUUGAAAGAAAUUAGAUACUUUUCCAUAAGUUUGGGGUAGGAUUGCUUACACAUGCCUCACGUGUUUUGCCGUGUGCAUUUCUGCACGACUGGCUCAUUUUGCCACUCGCAGCCCCUCACUAGAUACUCAAGAAAUACUUUCCUCCCAGCUUAAAAAGCCUGAAGGGUAAGUUAUGAAUAAUUUCUACUGCCUUGAGUAAAUCUAUCAUGCAGAGUUACAGAAGAACAUUUUUAUGACAAACAGGGCAAUUCUGUAUCCCAUUAAAAGCCAUGCAGACAGAUGUAAAACUGAGGGAGUGACCUGAGGGAUGAGUGAAACUUUGGUAACACAGGCACAGGAUUAAGGGGACCCUAGUUGUGCUGCUCACACUCAGGACAGCUCUGCAUCUACAGGUCUCUGAGAAUCAGUUCAAAACUCACCAGAAAUCAAAGGGAGUGUGAGGUGCUAAUGGAAAGGUAUUCCAGACAAAAAACAGGAUUGUGGUAGUGUAAAGCCCGUGGAAUGUCACUACUUAAUCUAUGCACGUUGGCCUCACCCUGGGUUUAGCAGAGCAAAAAAAGUUACUGAGAAAGGUUGUAAAGAAUAAUUAUUGGUACAAAACCACAUCUGUGCAAACAGUCUCUAAGAAAAGAGAAGAAACAAAUGAGCCAAGUGUGCCCAUGGGGGUCAGGGCUGAGAAGGUGAAGGGGCUAUUUGUUUACAGCUUCUUUGAAAAGGAUGCAGAAAUUAAUGAUAAUUGUCUGGUAGCACUUUCAAAGGGCAGGGAAAAGUAUUUCUUUGUAUGCAACACAGAAAUAAAUGUGGAACACAGUGCUGCUCACCUAGGGCUGAGAGCUAGGGGUCUAAUGGGAAAUUAGAGGAAUUAAUGAUUUAUUUAAAAGUUCAUCAGAAUGCACAAACUACCAGGCACACUUUCCAUGUACUCAUCAGUGACCUUAUACUUUCUCCUGUCCUACAAGUUUUAUUUCUCUUUGUUAAGAAUGUACUUAAAAAUCAAGGGCUGGGACAUCUUGAUUUCUGAAUGAAAAGGGAAUACAUGGCAGCUGCUGGUGCUGUCAGGGAGAAAACUGCCAACAUGUACAUGCAGCUAAUUGUAGAUGUGGAGAAAAUAGGUGUGAGUGUGUGUUUGUGCAUAUGUGUGGUCAGAGGAGGUGGGAAGGAAAUGUGGCAGGUGUUGGAGCACAAAUUUCAGCCCGUUUCAGCCUGACUGCUGUGGCCACUGAAGGGGAAAUAUGGCUCUGGCCACUUGAAAUGACCUGCAGUGCUCUUCAUCUUCGGGGUCAUGAUGUGGCCCAGGCAGAGGAGAGGGGAGCACUGGGAGAAGGCAGAGAUGUGGGGUGACCCACUGAGGGACAGGGUGGUCAGUCACACUGUGGGCUGAGCUCUCAUUGCUGAAACCCCAUGGCUAAUGGCUGCCAGGAAUCCCACAGCUUGCCCCAAAAUCACUCAAUUCCAGCUGCACUGCAAAGCCACAGGCAGUGCAGCCCUACCAAUGUGGUUAAACAGCAGUGUUAUCCUGGCUGGACAGCCAGCACCAGGAGCUGAUGAUAUUAAAUACAGCUGUUGUAAGGCAAGCUCAUGAAACUGAAAAUAAAUCCAUGGAUUAUGGU